AAAGUCCUUCCUUCCACCCUUUAGAGAUGGAAAAGGUUUAGUGUUAUGCUGCUUUGCUAUAGAGUUGGCUAAUGUCAUUUUACAGGGACCUUUCACUUCUGUGAUUUCUCCUUCCCUCCUCACCAGGAAAGAAUGCAAUAUUUAAGGCACUGCCUCCAAGACAUCUGAUGCUUUGACACGCUUCCUUAGUACAACUCUGCUAAGCCCAGAUCUCUUAUGUAAAACCUUUGUGUUGAUGAUCCACUGGGUAGCAGGGAUUACAGAUGGUGGCAAAGAUAAACCAUAGAGUGGAAAAGGAAUUUGAGGCUUAUUAGAGAGGGGUGGAGUUGAGGUGAACUGACCCUAGGUGAACAGAGGGAAAGGUACGUCAGUGAUUAUGAAUGUAAUUUUUUUAAGGCAAAUUAAAACACAUCCCUGAGAAGAAGAGUAAGAUUCAAGGGUUGGAGAGGAGGCUGCAAAAGUUUCAACAUCAUAAAGAACUAGUUGUUAAAAAGUGCUUUUCUGUUGGGGACAGAUCCCCAAAGUAGCAUUAUCUUUUCUAAACAUUGUCUUUAAUUCGAUUCUGCAAAUAAUUGUUGUUUUAAAAUAAUACAGUGAAGCUUCCUGUGUCUGCACCCUUAUGACAUUGUUUAUAAUGUUGUUUAUUCUCUGUUGAUGUUUAAUAGCGUGGUGAAAAAACAGCAAUUUUGUCCUGCUGUUGGGGGGUUGUUUUAUUUUGUUUUCUUUGAUGGAAAUACUUAAGCCAAAUUUAAAUAUGACUGAGGAUUAAGUCUGGCAGGCAACUCUUUGUAUUUUGUAUUAGACUUCAAAAUCUUUUCUUCUUCUCCUUUUUUUUCCUUUUCUUUUCUUUUCUUUUUUUUAAAUCCAGGAGAAUGCUUUAUUGCACCUUUUAGCUGACUAGGUGCUUAACUUAGUAACAAGUUUAGCCCUUGUAACUGGCUAGCUAAAAGCAAAUCGGCUUGUUUCUCAGAUCUUUGGGGGAUAGCAAGAAACAUUUGAGUGAAUGUUGUUGAAGAUUUUCAGUAGUAUAGAAAAUGAUGGCGCUCUUGUGAUAUUUGUAAGUACAAGCAAGGAUUUGGCACAGACAUCCUAUUUCAUGGCUACCAACAGUCUGCACCUUACCACCUUCUGUCUUCAGUACAAACCAACAGUGAUAGCAUGUGUGUGCAUUCAUUUGGCUUGCAAGUGGUCCAAUUGGGAGAUUCCUGUAUCAACCGAUGGAAAGCAUUGGUGGGAAUAUGUGGACCCUACAGUUACUUUAGAGUUACUAGAUGAGCUAACACAUGAGUUUCUGCAGAUACUGGAGAAAACGCCUAGUAGGUUGAAGAAGAUUCGAUACUGGAGGGCUGACCAAGCAGCGAGGAAGCCAAAAGCAGAUGGGCAGAUAUCAGAGACGCCGCGGCUUGGCUCGACGUUGGUCCAGAAUUCCAUUUUAGUAGAUGGUGUCACUGGCGUGCCUACAAACCCAAGCUUCCAGAAACCGUCUACAUCGACAUUCCCUGCACCAGGACCUAUAAACCCCGGAAAUAAUUCUGCUCAAGACAGCAGCCAUACAUCAGAUCAUUUGUCAUUGCUAGCAACAGGAAUGCCAAGUACCUCAUACGGCGUGUCAUCGCACCCAGGAUGGCCCCAAGAUCAAGAGUCAGCACGGACGAAUAAGAUGUACUUGCAGAAGCAGGAAGCAUCUUCAUCAAGUGGCCAGUACAGCAUCAGCUUCCAGCAGGGACCCUCCAUCUCAUUGCAUUCAGGAUUGCAUCAGAGAUCCGAAAAAAUUUCUGAUCAUUCUUCAGUUAAACAAGACUAUACUCAUAAAGCAGGGAGCAGUAAAUACCAUGGGCCAAUUUCAUCUACUCCUGGAGUAAUUCCUCAGAAAAUGUCUUUAGAUAAAUAUAGAGAAAAACGCAAACUAGAAACCCUUGACCUGGAGGUAAGGGACCACUGUGUAGCUGCCCAGGUAGAGCAGCAGCACAAACAUGCGCAGCCGCAGGCCGCGAGCAGCAGCUCUGUGACUUCUCCCAUCAGAAUGAAAAUCCCCAUUGCAAAUGCUGAAAAACACACAGCAGAUAAAAAGGAAAAAAGCGCGUCACUGAAAUUGCGGAUCCCAAUAUCAUCCACCGAUAAAAACGCCAGUAAAGAAGAACUGAAAAUGAAGAUCAAAGUUGCAUCUUCCGAGAGACACAGUUCUUCGGAUGAAGGGAGUGGAAAGAGUAAGCAUUCAAGUCCGCUGGUUGGCAGAGACCAUAAGGACAAGCACAAGGAGCAUCCUUCCAACCGCCACCAUGCCAGUAGUCACAAGCACUCCCACGCCCAUAGUGGCGGCGGCAGUGGGGUCAGUAAGCACAGUGCUGAUGGAAUCCCACCCACUGUUCUGAGGAGUCCUGUUGGCCUGAGCAGUGAUGGCAUUUCCUCUAGUUCCAGCUCUUCACGGAAGAGGCUGCAUGUCAAUGAUGCUUCUCACAACCACCACUCCAAAAUGAGCAAAAGUUCCAAAAGUUCAGGUAGUUCCUCUAGUUCUUCCUCCUCUGUUAAGCAGUAUAUGUCCUCUCACAACUCUGUUUUUAACCAUCCCUUACCCCCUCCUCCCCCUGUCACAUACCAGGUGGGCUACGGACAUCUCAGCACCCUCGUGAAACUGGACAAGAAGCCAGUGGAGACCAACGGUCCUGAUGCCCAUCACGAGUACAGUGCAAACAGCCAGCAUAUGGACUACAAAGACACAUUCGACAUGCUGGACUCGCUGCUAAGUGCCCAAGGGAUGAACAUGUGAUCGUUUGUUUAGGUCAAUUUUUCUUUUACCUUUUGAAUUUGAAGAUGGUUAGAACGGAAACCUUCCUCCUGAUCGAGCAGUGGUAACAGCUGCCGUUGCUGCCAUUGCCUCAGAAUUUGUAAGUGCUGCUUUAUUCUUCAUUCUGAACAGAAGAGAUUGUAGUAAACACGUCUUUAUCUCCACAUGUGAUAGUGUUAUAAUACUGUCAAAGCAUGGAAGGCACAGAACUCAGUAUUUCUACAAUCGCAGCUAAGAACCUUAGGGUGAAUGGAUGGCUGCUUCUAGGAAUAUAAGAGGCCUCAAGCAUUUGUUAUUUAUAAUUUGAAUACUGUAGCAAUUUUUUUGUUGUUGUUGCUUGGCUUUUGAAUGAGUGAAACUUGUUUUCUUUUGUGUAUUUAUACUUGUAUGUAUGAUUUGCAUGUUUCAAUGAUAAGGGAUAAAACAGUAUACUGACAACUGUUUACAAGAAAGUGGAGAAAAAUGUACAUACAUUUUUGUAUGUUUAGAUAUUACCAUAAAUACUCAGGAUUGGAGCUGCUUGUAAGUAUAACAAUAUACAGAAUAAUUUUAUUUUAUCUUGUGUUGGAGUCCAUCACUAAUCUAAAACAAAGGUGGCACUUUUUCAUGUUAACCUUAAACUCUAGGCCUUACUGGAAGCCACGGAAGGGGGAGGGGCGCUUCAUUCCGGGAUGGAGGCGCAGUGCCGAGGAUGGUCGCUGACGCUGUGAGGCGCUGGACUGUGCCUGCAGUCGGACCAGACUGGCUGCCGAAAUAGCCCCUAGCUUUCAGAAGGCUUGAAGAGGAAAACAAACAAAGUUUACACUCUCUAGAUGUGAAGUGCAUUUAAACGUUUGUUGGCUCGUUGCAGUGCUAGGAACACAGCUGUUAAUAAUGGUUUUAUAGAUCACUGGGAUUUGGAAACUAAAUUCAUGAAAACUCACACAGUGACGAAUUAGUCCAUUUUUCCUUAAACUGUAACACUACAUGUUUUAAUAGUAAACAGGGAUUGCGUUUCCUUUCAAAGCAUUCAGAAUGGCACCAUAUUCUAAAACAUCCUCCUGCCCAUAUUUCUGUUCAGGUGAAUGCAGUCUUCCUUAUAAAAACAAAAUGAAACCUCUCGCUCUCUCAAUUUAUUUUAUAUUCUGACAUUAAAGAAAGAAAAGCUCGCUGACUGUGCAUUGUACCUGUAUUUAUAACUUUAGAUUGUUAGAGAAACUCAGCCUCCAAGUGAACCACUAGUGGAGCUUUUAUAUUUGCUUGUACUUCUCAAUAGAACCCUGUUGAGAUGGAUACUGUUUGCACGGUCGUCUGACUUCUGAACAAAUGGCAGAUUCUCAUUUGUUUAGCGUUACUGUUGAAUGCCAGUAAUGUAGCUCUGGUUUAUUGGUUAAUCUUGAAUUUAUUCUAUGGUAGAUCCUUGCUUGAGCUGAGUUGAGUUCAAAUUCUAUUGAACUGAAAUUCUUUUAAUUUUCUUUUGGUAUAUAUGAAUUAUUUUUGUUACAGAGUCACUGAUACGUGUACAAUUGUACUUUUACACAAGUGUGUUACAGUUGUAAAUAUUAGAGUUUAAUCCCGUAUUUUACUUUUAUUUAGUAGUUAUCUAAUUUACUGGUAGCUUUGUGAUUUUUUUAAGAUUCUUGUUCAUUCUUUCAGUAAUGUUAUUUCAACUUAGAUGAAUAGGAGCCCAUUUCUAGGGACUUUGCCUAGCUAGCAUGUCCUUGCAUUUGUUCUUGUCUUGCAUAAUUUAGUAAUCCUUGUCUUUACAUGUAACUUUGUUGCUCGUUUGGCAUAAUAUUGUAUCCAUGAAGAUGGUCGUUUUGAUACAGUCAUACUUUUACAGUGGUGCAUAAUCCACAGACUAGUGUAGAAUUAAACAGAGUUCAGGAUGAGGGAGGGAAGGGUUUUAUUCUUGGUAAUUUAGAUGUGAAACCUCUAAGGAGCUAUCAUGUGAAAUGACAGUUGUUCUUGUACUGUAUAAUUGGGGAUAAUAAUACCAGGAAUUUUAAUAAGAUUUUGUAAAGUUAUCCAGAAAAGUAGUGAACUUAUUUUCAGUAUGUCAUAGAAAACAAUGUGAAUAUUUAAGGUCUGUGACUAUACUUAAACUUCACUAAGAAUUUGCAGAAUUGUUUCGAGAUGUGAGAAUAAAGGUAAUUUUGUUGAAUCUUUAUUGGUGCUAAUGAUGGACAGUCUAAAAAGGUAGCUAGUGUAUAUUGUUAUGGGUCAGUACUUAUUAGUAGUACUUCCAAAAUUUAAUCUGAAAUGCUAUGUAUUCACUUUUCACUCUGUAAAUGUAAUCUUUACAAUGACUUUAUUUAUUAAAGGGCAGCCAGUUGUAAUUUUUA